AUGUCUUCCACAAAAGACCUCGCGAAAACCCUCCCUAAGAAAGCGCCCAAUACAGAAUCUCACCGCGCCACGCUAGAUGAUCUGAAUCGUUUCAAGUUUGCCAUCUUCUACACAGCUGCUCUAGACACAGCAGACAGCCAACGGCUUGAAGAAAGCAUCAACACGGGCGAGCUCAGUACGGGAAUGUCUAAACUCGCUCCGCAGCCAGAUUUCAGCGGUCGCUCGUUGCGAGACGUUUAUGACUACUUCAUCGAGCUACGCGACCAAGACGAUACCAUUCAUCCGCUCUACUUCAUAGUAGCCGACCAAGAGGACUUCGGCAACAAAGGAGUCUUAGUCGUUCUGCUCAACUCGAGCCAAGACGAGGAAGACGUUCCAGGCGUUGGACGUUGCAGCAAUGCCGAGGCGGAUUCAUGGGGUUCCAAUAUCGAUAUCGGUAACCAAGAUUGGUUCGAUCUGAAGGAACUGGAGGCUGAGGAGUGGGGUGGGGAUGACCCGUAUGCGGAUGAUGACGACAAAGAUGACAAGGCAACGCAGGGGCCUGCCACUUCGGAUGGGUCGCCCAAGAAAGUGUACGGGUGGUAUAGCUUGGUAAAAAAAGCCGUACCCAUCAGCUCCAUGCUCGAGCCAUCAUGGGCCAAGAUGAAGAAGACAGAAGAGUCUCGCUUCCAGAUGCUCGGGAACUGGCAUUCUUCAAGCGAUCCUUGGGCCGAUAUUCGCAGAGCACAUCCACGACAAUGUGCUUUCAGACCUACCGUCCACCGAAGCAUCAUCCUGGUCGCAGAGAAAGAGGAUGCUGAUGAUCCCGAGGGCAUGGCUCUUGUUCGUUUGAAGUGGGAUGGAAACACCGAUGGCGUCGAAAAUGCGAGCCCACCGCUGAUGCCGGAAGUGGAGAAUUUAGGCAAGAUGAGCGCGGGCAAGGCUUUGGAAGAGGCCGAUCGAGCGGCGCAAUAA